GUCGUCGUGUUUUUCCGUAUCCUGUCGCGUCCUCCACGGUGCUGCUGAUGUCAGUCCGCCGCAGCUGCGGGAUGAUGGCGAACAACAAAGCGGUUCUGAUCCGGUAAAUCCGACCGAGCCAAAGUGCAGAGAGCGAUGGAGAGAGGCGGCUUCCCCGAACAGAACCAGAUCCUGCAGGUUCUGAAGAGGCUGAAGGAGGUCUUCGAUGUGUGCGAUGAGGAUGCUGACGGCUUCAUCCGGGUGGAGCACCUGAUGGACCUUGGGCUUCAGUUCGGUCAAGGAGACGAGGUGAAGAAGCUGACUGAGCAUCUGUGUCCCAAUGCUCACGGUAAAAUCAACUUCAAAGACUUCUGCCACGCUGUGUUCGCCAGCAAAGGUUUUGGAGAGAUAUUAAAGAUGGCGGUUGGUUCUCAGGGUCUGACAUCCCAGCAUCAGUCGGUCACUGACAACGGCUACAUUUAUCAGAACGACGAGGCAAGGCUUGGCCCUCCUAUUAUCACAUGUACGCGAUCCUACGGAGCUGAGGCAGAAAGCGACGGUGUUAAAAACGCCCGACGGCCCGACUCCCAGGAGAUACAAGACAGAGAAGAGCAGUUCGAGGACUAUGGUGAGGGGGUAGAUGUAGAUUUCAGCCCCAGCAGUCCGUGCCCAGAAGAAGACAGCAGGACAAACGGCUUCUCAGACCUCAGCUCCUCACUGCCCUCCAGCGGUGGCCACACUCCUCAGAAGAUGCAGCAGCUGUACAACAGUGACCUGCUGGACAUCUACUGCUCUCAGUGCUGCAAGAAAGUUAAUCUCCUCAAUGACCUCGAGGCUCGCCUGAGAAACCUCAAAGCAAACAGCCCUAAUAGGAAGAUUUCCAGCACAGCGUUUGGACGCCAGCUGUUCCAGGCCAACCUCUGUGUUUUUGGUUCCAGUCAGGUCAGCAGCACAGAGGAUUUGUUUACAGACAGCAUUGACUCCUGUGACCUCGACAUCACAGAGAAAGUCAGCUUCCUGGAGAAGAAGGUGACGGAGUUGGAGAGUGACAGUUUGGCCAACAGUGACCUCAAGUCUAAACUCAAACAGGAGAACACCCACCUUGUUCACAGGGUGCAUGAGCUGGAAGAGCAGGUGAGGGAUGCAGAGACGAAGGCUGCAGAGACGCUGGGAAAGGAGAUGAAGAGGCACCGGGAGGCUUCCAGCAAGAUGGAACGAGACAGAAACGCAGAGAUAGACCUGCUCUGCUGCAGGGUCCAGCAGUUAGAAGAAGAGAAUGGAGAGAUGACGAUAAACGUGAGCCGCCUCAAGUCUCAGUCUGAGAAACUGGACCAGGAAAAGCAAAGGAUGACGGACAAACUGGAGGACACUAGUCUAAGGCUGAAAGAUGAGGUGGACCUGUACAGAAAGAUAAUGGAUAAGCUGUGGCACAACCGCCACGAGUUUCAGAAAGAAAAGGAGGCCAUGCAGGAGUUGAUCGAUGAUCUUCGGCGGGAGCUGGAGCAUCUGCAGUUAUUCAAGCUGGAAAUGGAGCAUCCUGGGAAAGGCAAAAGCCUGUCUGAAUAUAACGCCAAGAACAGAGAGACUGAGAUGGAGCUUGAAGUCAGGAGACUGAAACAGGAGAACUUUAAGCUGAGGGACCAGAACGACGACCUUAACGCUCAGAUUCUGAGUCUCAGUUUAUACGAAGCCAAGAACCUCUUUUCCUGCCACACCAAGGCCCAGUGCCUCGCCGCUGAGAUCGACAACGCUUCAAGAGACGAGAUUGUUGAUGCUCUGAAAGAACAGGAAGAGAUUAACCUGCGUCUGCGGCAAUAUAUGGAUAAAAUCAUUCUGGCUAUUCUGGACCACAAUCCCUCCAUCCUAGAGAUCAAGAAUUAAACCUUAGAUGUUAGGACAGACAUUUCUACUGCUGCAGUGACGCUAAAUAGUCAUCAUAUCGCCGUCCUGAUCGCUGCUUAUGUGUGAAAGUUCAAAUGAAAGGCGCCGGCCGUCCCUCCAAACUCUGGAUAUCGAUGAUUUCUGCUUCUAUUUGGAUCCAAAACAAAACUUUGACCUAAAAAAACAUCAGGAUUGUUUGCAGAUUUAACUAUGUCCUCAUGCAGACACCUUUUCAGCUGUUAUCCUCUAAUCACAGCUUCAGAACGUUGUUUUCAUCUUAUUCAGCUAGAGAUGGUUGAUUUAUUGAGGUUCAUAACGAACUUUUGGAGGAAAACCAACAGUCGGACGUUUCCAUUUGUUCCUCAUCAUAACAGCUCGUUCUAUCAUACUAUGAGCCACUGCCAUCUAAUUUAAUUCUUCUAGUUAUUUAAUGUCACAAAUAACAUUUUGUAUUGUAAAUGCAUCUUUCUGACGAUUAUUUCUCUCUGCUUGUUCUCAGCUAGGUCACCAUUUAGAGCCUUUCACAUUAGUUUCAUGCUAAUUUAGGAGGUCAAGGCAUCCUGGAGGUGGGACCCAAACCGCUUCCCAAAGAGCGUCUCCAAUUCUUUCUGGUUCAGCCCCUGAUCUCUAUUUAUUCCCUGGAUUGCUAAUAGCCCGUUUGUAGUACAGGGUUGAAGUGAAGCCACCGGCCGCCAUAUUGGUACUCCCUAGUUAGACCGGUCUCAAUGUAAACAAUACGUGCGCUACAGCAUCAAACAACCAUGAUGUUCUCAUUUUCAGAUUAAGA